AUGUCCCGGGCGUGGACCAACUCAGCAACGGAGCAGCCGGACCCAAAUACUACCAACACCGCCACCAAACGACCUCCCACUCCACCCAACCCACCAGUGCCAACCUUCUUCGACGCAGAGAAGCAAAACGCGCAAGCACAGUCCACUUCACAAUGCAUCGACGACUCGCCCCCGGACGGCGGCCUCGCCGCAUGGUCCGUCGUCUUCGGGGCCUGGUGCGCCAUGUUCUGCAGCUUCGGCUGGAUCAAUAGCAUAGGAACCUUCCAAACCUACUACGCGACCACCCUCCUCCCCCAAUACGCACCGAGCACGAUCGCCUGGAUCCCUUCCCUAGAAGUAUUCUUCAUGUUCUUCAUGGGCCCAAUAGUCGGCUACCUGAGCGACACGCACGGCACCCGCCCCGUCCUCCUCACGGGCUCCGCCCUGCACAUCAUCGGCCUCCUGAUGACCUCCCUCGCGACCCAGUACUACCAGAUUCUGCUGGCGCAGGGCGUGUGCAGCGCCAUGGGCAUCUGCGCCAUCUUCCAGCCGGCCAUGAGCGUGAUCCCCAGCUGGUUCCGGCGGCGGCGGGGCGCCGCGUACGGGAUCAUUGCGUCGGGGUCGAGUGUCGGGGGGAUCGUGUUUCCGAUCAUGACGCGCAGGCUGGUCGUGCAGGUGGGGUUUGGGUGGGCGAUGCGAGUGGCGGCGUUCGUGAUUAUGGGGUUGUUGGGAGUGAUGUGUUUGACGAUUAGGGAUCGGGGUGCGGGAAGGGGGAGGGGGAAUGGUGGUGAGAAGAAGAAGAAGAAGAAGAAGAAGAUGGAUCGCGAGGCGGUGUUGCGUCCCUGGCGGGAGAUAAAGAUGCGCUUUCUCGUAGCGGGGUUCGUGUUGCUCACGUUCGGGGUGUAUAUCCCUACCAACUUCGUGGAGACGGCUGCGAUAGAGAGCGGGAUGAGGCUGGAGUUGGCGCAGUAUGUCGUGCCCAUGUUGAAUGCGGGGAGCCUCCUCGGCCGCAUGGCUGCGGGGUUCCUCUCCGAUAAAGUCGGCGUGUACAAUAUCUUCCUGCUAGUCUGCACCAUCACCGGGAUUCUGAUCCUCGGGCUCUGGAUCCCGGCCACGACCGACGCGGCAAAUAUCGCCUUCGCGGUGCUGUACGGCGUCACGUCUGGCGCGUACUUCUCGCUUCCGCCGGCCCUCGUCGCGAAACUGGCUCCUCUCCCGGAAAUCGGGUACUGGACCGGCGUGCUCUACCUCUUCUCCUCGAUUGGGGGGUUGACGACGAACCCGAUCGCGGGGGCGAUUUUGGCGCACGACAAUGGGUCCUACACGGGAAUGAAAAUCUUUUCGGGCUUGCUCUUGCUGGCGGGAACGAUGCUGGUCUUGGUAACGAGGAUCCGACAGACAGGUCUUUUCUUCGAUCUUGUGCGAAUGGAAUGGGUCUCGUCUGACUACGCGAUCUGA